AAAACGCCAUCAGCAUAGCUUGUCAAACGGCACAUCGCAGUGAGAUAGUACGUUUAAAUAAUAAUAUUUUUCGUCGAAUUCAAAUUCUUUGUCUACCGGCGGGCUGGGAUAAGUUCCACAAAAAAUACCAACGGCGAAACAGCUGUGCGCGGUAUUUUCCAGAGUCGUAUGCAGUUGCUAAGUGCGAUGUGCGAGCGUUUUGCAACACUGCCCGGAGGGUCACACUGUCCGCUCAGAUAUUUAUUUUUCUAACAACAUUUGCCUAGUAAAAGCACAAAAACCAGCCAUUUCCCACAAUUUCGGCCAUUCAGGACACGGUAGCGAUAGCCAGCGAGCGGAGGAGCCAUAACUUGGACUUGGAGCAGGUAGCGGCAGGCAUAUCAGGACGGAUCUCCCCAGGACAAGUCGCAGUAGCAUGUCUUCGAUGUCGCCCAGCGAGCGCCGCCUGCACAAAGAGCUGAUGUCCCUGAUCAAGGAGCCACCGCCAGGCGUGACCGUUGACACCGAAAGCGUACAGCAGAAUUUAUCCGAAUGGAAAAUAAACAUUAAAGGUUUCGAGGGCACACUUUACGAGGGCGAGGACUUCCAGCUGCUGUUCAAAUUCAAUAAUAAAUAUCCCUUCGAUUCGCCGGAGGUGACCUUCAUCGGCAGCAACAUACCUGUGCAUCCACACGUCUACAGCAAUGGACACAUCUGCCUAUCCAUUCUGACCGAGGACUGGUCGCCGGCGCUGUCCGUGCAGUCCGUGUGCCUUAGCAUAGCCUCCAUGCUGAGCAGCUGCCGGGAGAAGAAGCGUCCGCCGGACAACACGCUCUACGUCAAGACCUGCAAUAAGAAUCCCAAAAAGACUAAAUGGUGGUACCACGACGAUUCUGUUUAGUUAGAAGUGCAAUUUAUGACUACUGCCUGCUGAUGUUUGCUUUGCGCAUCCACCCAAGAAAAUGAAAAAGAACACCCAUAGCAAUACAGAAGUAGUGCGGCGUAGAGAGCCCCAGAUAUCCAGGAACUAUGGACCGCGACCAAACACUGCUCGCGAGUGGAGCAGACCUGAAUCUGCUGACCAGAAAACCCAAGUGCACUCGGAUGCGAAGGCAUCGUGGCAACGAGAGAGAACUAUCAGUAGUGUUUGGCAAACAAUCAUAGCGCAUGCAACCAGUUCUAAUUAUAGCUAUGUGUAAUCAACAAAAGGCGUGUGCGACAAAACUAUUAUUAAAUGUUAACAUUUUAAUUAGAUUGUUAAGACCAAAAUUUAUGUCUAAAUUAAAUGUUAUGCUACCAACUAACUACUAGGCGUAUGCAAACCCAAACCAGUCGAACGUUCGAUAGUUCUGGCACUUAUCGCCAGCCGCUGCUUCCACAUUCCACACGAGCAUCGUUCGAGGCAUCCGGCCCGAGGAGCGUGAUCCCAUCCACCAAUGCCUCCAUCCCAGUUUACUCUAUAUUAAUUGUGUAUAUUUUAUCAUCCUAGAUGCGAUGCGAAACUCAUGAGAUCAUAGUUAAGUUUACCACAUUUCAAAUGUAUUAGCAGCCAUAACCCCAGAACCGCACUCAUUGUCACCUGUCCGGCACCCUGUAAUCUUCCCCCAUUCCCCAUGCCUAGGUCGUUAAGUUAACCAGUUCAUGUACUUGGCUAGGAUAGUCCUUCUGUGGCCAAAAUCUCGCCAGUAACACGAUCGCAAAACACGUUUACCUCUUACUGUGCAAGUAGAUCUUAGGGUGCGACUAACAUUCGAUUUAACUGUAGUCUGUGUACUGUAUAAAGAGCCCAAUUAAAUCCAAUGUAUGUUUAUCCAGCAUAUGUCUAUAAAUGCCUAUAAAUAUUUGCUGUUAAAAAGUAUUUAAAAUAAAAACAAGUCUGUAAUCAAAGAA